UUGCGUCACAGCCGCGCGCCGGAAGUGCCGCGCAUGGCGCGGGUGCUGGCGCUGGCGCGGGCGGCGGAGGCAGCGGUGGGGCCGGGGCCGGGCCCGGGGCGCGGCCGCCUGGUGCUGCUGCCGCCCGCCGGCGGGGCCCGGCCCGGCCCGCGGGGCGCGCGCGGGGACCCCGCGGAGGGCGGCGGCAGCGGGCGGUGGCGGCAGGAGCCGGGGAGCCCCGCCGAGGCCUGGCGCGGCGCGGGCUGGGAGGAGGCGGUGGCGGCCGCGGCCGAUGCCCUGCAGGCGGGCGGGCUGGUGGCCGUGCCCACGGACACGGUGUACGGCGUGGCCUGCCUGGCCCAGGACUCGGCCGCGGUGCGCAGCAUCUACAGCCUGAAGGGGCGGAACGGCGCCAAGCCGCUCGCCAUCUGCCUCGGGGACGUGGAGCGGCUCUACAGGUACUGCCACGUCAAUGUUCCCGACGAGCUGCUGCGGGACUUGCUGCCGGGACCCGUGACCCUGGUCUUACAGCGAUCAGAAGAGCUGAAUAAAGACUUGAAUCCAUUCACGUCGCUGGUGGGUGUUCGCAUUCCAGACCAUCCCUUCCUGAGGGACCUGGCCCGUGCCUGCCCGGGGCCGCUGGCUCUGACCAGCGCCAACAUCAGCGCCCAGGGCAGCACCCUGACCGUGCUGGAAUUCCAGGACUUGUGGCCUCAGCUGUCCUUGGUCAUUGAUGGAGGCCCCAUAGGAGACAUCCAGAGCCCAGAGUGUCGCUUGGGGUCAACUGUGGUUGACUUGUCUGUGUCAGGGAAAUUCUCCAUCAUCCGGCCUGGCUGUGCACUGACACCCACAGUUGAAAUCCUGAAGACGAAGUAUGGCUUGGUACCAGAAUCUUCCUAACCCUUGGGACUGGGAGCUGGUGGAGCUGGGCACUGUGUGCCUGUGCACUCAGGAAUGGGUGAUCAUGGCCUUGUUUAAUGAGGUCAAUGGGUUAUGUCAAGGUAAAUAAAAAAAGAUUAAAAAAGAAAGACUAAAAAA